AUGGUGUUUCGCGACUAUGCUCCUGGUUCCACUCUCUGGGUAAAGACGGGUGCUCACCGUAAUCAGGCUGCGACUUUUGUUGAGGGUGACGGCCCUCUUCACUGCUUUAUUGAGCUGUUCAAUAAGUCCAAGGUGAGAGUCAAUUGGACCUCUAUUGAGUAUCUGUUUGAUGAAAUUGAAGAACACGGCAGGUGGACCGGCAGCCCCCAUGAUGGUCACUACCGGCGCAGCAACAACCACAACAACAACAACAACAACAACAACAACAACACCGGCCCUUACAGCAAUGCGGUACCCAGUGGCGUAGAAAUGAAUGCCCUCUUUUACAGGUUGGUUCGUGCUGAAGCAGAGUGCAGCGAGCUUCGCGGCACCAUCACCAGUCUCCAGGAUCGAAUUCAGGCCAAUGAAGACCGCAUUCAGGCCAACGAAGAGUUCUUGCACAACAGCGACAUCCCCAGUGGCUUCUAGAGUAGUUUUUUAAUCAUUACUAGUUGUUAAUUUGUUAUCUAUUUA